CGCUCGCCCCUCCUCAAAUACCCGAGAGGCCACGCCCCCGAAUCGUGGAGGCGAGAAAGAGAGAGAGAGAGAGAGAGAAAGAGAGAAGAGAAAAGAAAAGAAAAGAAAAGAAAAGAAGACCAGACCCGACCCGACCCGACCCAUAACAAUCGAUACAAACCGGACCGAAUCCCAAAAUCGAUAUCGACUGAUUGAAGAUCGGUCGCAUCUCCUGCUGUGUGACGCGCUUUCGAUCGCUCUUUAUAAUUGCAUAUCGAUUGAAUAGAGCAGCGUGGGGGAGCCGCCGGGGCUGUGCUGCUGUUAUUAAUAUUCAUAUUAUUAAUAUUGUUAUUAUUGCUUCUUUUCUUUGUUAUUCGGGGAAGGCAGGCAGGCAGUUAGCGCGUCGAUCCGGUCUCAGCGAGUCUCUCUCUUGCAGGCGCACCGGCCUCCCUCGACAGGGAUUGAAUGAGACUGGUGUAGCGGAGGGCAGGGCGGCUUAUUAGGGAGCAGGCAGUGGGAGAAGCCCGGAGAAAGCGUCUGCUAACGGGGUAGGGCUGAGGCGCAAAGCCCGGCUCGCCUGCUGUUGCUCUUGCCGGCCAGGAGGCAGACAGACCGGGCUGUAGACCCGUACUGCAGCGCGCUUGCAGAGAGAGAUCCUGCUUCCAGCAGUAAGGAAGGGGCUGAGCAUUACAAUACUAAUAUUAAUAAUACUAAUAAUAUCAAUAAUAACAAUAAGAGUUUGCGUGUCGUUGUUGGUAAUUUGGCCCGUGUUUUUUGGUUAAUAUUUUUACAUGCUGCACAGUUGCUGUGUGGUUUUUAAUAAAUAAAACAGUGUAAUUCAAUACCAGGUAUAAAAGAUUGCAUGUAUAUUAUGAGCGCGGGUCUGUGCUCGCCGACUCUCCCAGGAUUGUGACCGGACCGUGCUUCAUUCACACCGCGACGAGGAGUCCGCUCGCCGCCCCGGCUCCCCGCCCCGGCUCCCCUCUGAUCGUACCCUGUGUGGGCUCCAGCAGAGCUCUGUCGUGCUCAGUUUGGAAUAGACACUUUCUUUUUUAUUUCGUUUGUAUUGCUGUUGUCAGUACUACUGGUAGUAGUUUUUUUAAACUCUAGUUUCUGCGGGUGAAUUCGUGUUAUUAAUAUCCGUCGUUAGUAUUGUAAUAGCGAAUAUCAAGGCGGCGGAAUGAGUAUCGAAGUCCCGCCCGGGCUGACGGAGCUCUUGCAGGGCUACACGGUGGAGGUGUUGCGGCAGAGGCCUCCGGACCUGGUCGAGUUCGCGAUCCAGUAUUUCACCCGGAUCAGGGAGACCCGCAACCAGGACGGGACCGGGCCCGGCGGCGUGAAGCCGCUGGUCAAGGAGGUGAAGAUUUCCGAAGCCGAGCCCAUGCAGACCGAGUCGACCGGGGACGAUGACGAGGAGGACGAUUCCGAUUUCGAACCUCCGGUCAUCAACAGGUUCAGCAGGAGAGUCUCAGUGUGUGCGGAGGCCUUUAACCCCGAUGAGGAGGAGGAGGAUACUGAACCCCGAGUCGUGCACCCCAAAACAGACGAGCAGCGCUGUCGGCUGCAGGAGGCCUGCCUGGACAUCCUGCUCUUCAAAAGCCUCGACCCAGAGCAGAUGUCUCAGGUUCUUGAUGCCAUGUUUGAGCACAGGGUGCAGCCGCAGGAGCACGUCAUCGACCAGGGCGACGACGGAGACAACUUCUACGUGAUAGAGAGGGGCGUGUAUGAUAUCUUGGUGCUGAAGGGUGAGCAGAGUGUCUGCGUGGGGCAGUACAAUGACAGGGGCAGCUUCGGAGAACUAGCACUCAUGUACAACACACCGCGUGCUGCAACUAUCGUAGCGACCACAGAGGGGGCACUGUGGGGCCUGGACCGUGUGACGUUCCGACGGCUCGUCCUCAAGAACAACGCCAAGAAGAGGAAGACCUACGAGACCUUUGUCGAGUCCGUGCCCCUGCUCAAAUCACUGGAGGUGAGCAAGAGAGAGAAGAUGUGAGACUUGAUCGGAUGGGGGGUCUGUGCGGUGGGGGAGCGCAUCAUCACUCAGACGAAGGCAGACCACCAGGACAAUGCGGAGGUAGAGAUUGCUCGCUGCUCACUUGGACAGUAUUUCGGGGAGCUGGCCCUCGUCACCAACAAGCCCAGAGCCGCCUCUGCCUACGCUGUGGGGGACGUCAAGUGCUUGAUAAUGGAUGUCCAGGCGUUCGAGCGGCUGCUGGGCUCCUGCAAGGAGAUCAUGAAGAGGAACAUCUCGCACUAUGAGGAGCAGCUGGUGGCGCUGUUCGGAUCCAGCAUGGACCUGCGGGACUAGAGCCCCGAGUCCACACCGCCGCUGCUGCUGCUGCUGCUGCCUGUGCCUUCACUACCCACAGAGACAAGAGACAUCUUACCAAACCAGAGACCCUGACCACAGAGACAUCUUGCCAUACUAUAGAAAGAGACCCUAUACCCUGACCCAGAGACCCUGUCCAACUGUAGAGAGACUGAUACAUCUUACCAAACCAGAGAAGUUCUGACCCUUAAAGACAUUGAGACAUCUUACCAGACCAGAGAUGAACAGACAAACAUCUUGCCAGACUAGAGAGAGGAACAUAGAGACAUCUUACCAGACUAGAGAAAGGAACAUGGAGACAUCUUACCAGACUAGAGAGAGGAACAGAGAGACAUCUUACCAGACUAGAAAAAGGAACAUAGAGACAUCUUACCAGACUAGAGAGGAUCACAUAUAUCUUACCAGACUAGAGAGAGGAACAGAGAGACAUCUUACCAGACUAGAGAAAGGAACAUAGAGACAUCUUACCAGACUAGAGAGGAACACAUAUAUCUUACCAGACUAGAGAGGAACAGAGAGACAUCUUACCAGACUGGAAAAAGGAACAUAGAGACAUCUUACUAGACUAGAGAGGAACAGAGAGACAUCUUACCAGACUAGAGAGGAACACAUAUAUCUUACCAGACUAGAGAGAGGAACAUAGAGACAUCUUACCAGACUAGAGAGGAACAGAUACAUCUUACCAGACUAGAGAGAGGAACAUAGAGACAUCUUACCAGAUUAGAAAAAGGAACAUAGAGACAUCUUACCAGACUAGAGAGGAACAGAGAGACAUCUUACCAGACUAGAGAGAGGAACAGAGAGACAUCUUACCAGUCUAGAAACAAAGAGACAGAGACCCCUAACACCAACUGAGACCCUACCCAUGAAACAAGAGCAGAGUGAAGCUACUGAAAGAGACCAUGCCUUCCACCCCCCUCUCCCUGGGGUUACAGGGGGAGUGAAGGGGUACAGACUGGGGUUAUAGGGGUAGUGAAGGGGUACAGGCUGUGUGGGGUUACAGGGGUGUGAAGGGGUUCAGGCAUCAGUAUGAGCUG